AUGGCCCCAGGAUCUAUAGUUCAGGAGCUAGUUCCUGAGCAGAACACCAGUUCAUCAACAAAGACGAAUAGUAACCUCUCGUUCAUCCUGAAUAAACCCCAUGACGUUCAGUUCGCCGAACGACCUAUACCGAAGAUCUCCGCAGCCCACCAUGUCCUGGUAGCCGUCAAUUACACGGGUAUCUGCGGCUCUGAUGUACACUACUGGGAACAUGGCAGGAUUGGCCACUUCGUGGUCGAAGAGCCUAUGGUCCUAGGUCACGAAUCCGCCGGCACUGUCGUCGAGGUCGGCAGCGCCGUCAAGACGCUUGCACCCGGUGAUAGGGUCGCUCUCGAACCCGGCUAUCCCUGCCGGCGGUGUAACGACUGUUUGGCUGGCCGAUAUAACCUCUGCCCAGAUAUGGUGUUCGCGGCUACCCCUCCCUACGAUGGCACUCUUACAGGCUUUUGGGUUGCGCCGUCCGACUUCUGCUAUAAGCUGCCUACCAAUGUUUCCCUCCAAGAGGGUGCAUUAAUUGAGCCUCUUGCGGUUGCGGUACAUAUCGUUCAGCAAGCAAGAGUUAGACCCGGCGCGACUGUUGUGGUCAUGGGAGCCGGCCCAGUCGGUCUUCUCUGCGCAGCAGUCGCCAGGUCCUUUGGCGCUGUCAAGGUCGUCAGUGUUGAUAUCAUCCAGUCAAAGCUCGAUUUCGCCACAGAGCUAGCCGCCACACACACAUACCCCUUCCAGCGCAUUUCGCCAGAAGAGAACGCGAACGCGCUACUCGAGCAGUGCAACCUUGGCAAGGGUGCAGACGUUGUCAUUGACGCCAGCGGGGCGGAACCAUGCAUCCAAACGAGUUUGCAUGUUGUAAAGAUGGGAGGCACCUACGUUCAGGGUGGCAUGGGCAAGGCAGAUAUUACUUUUCCUAUUAUGGCCUUGUGCCAGAAGGAGGUUACGGUGCGAGGCAGCUUCAGAUAUGGUCCUGGAGAUUAUCAACUUGCUAUUGAGCUGGUGGCCAAUGGUAGCGUAGAUGUUAAGAAACUUAUCACGGGUGUCGUGGGUUUCACGCAGGCAGAGGACGCGUUUAAGAAGGUCAAGGAGGGUCAAGUGAUCAAGAUCCUGAUUGCUGGGCCUAAUGAGCGUGUGAAUGCUGGGUCGAAUGUGGGAAUCGGCGAGAAUAUCACUGAGAACACCAGUGGCAUCAAGGGAGGAUGCUGCUAA